UCGGCCGCCACCAACGCCCAGGCUCCGGGCGGACCCAUCUCUGCCGCCGUCCGCCUGCCCCACCCGGGGCAGGCUGCGGGCGGACUUCGGUCGGAUGUAGACCAGGGGACUGAGGUGCCACGACCAGCCACUACCUGCCUUCCACUUUGGCCAGCCACAGACACCCGCGGGGACCCAAGACUCCGGGACCCAGGAGCCUGUAACGCGGCCGCCCAUUGGCUCAGCUUGGCACUGCUAGGCCGGGGCAUUUCCAAAGGCUUGGAAGAUUGGCUGAAGCUCCGGGCGCCGCGGCCAAUUGGCGGAUAGGAUCGCUUUCUAGGGGGCGGGUUCCGCCUGGGCCCCGCCUCUUUCUGCGGCCCUCUUCGCUUCACAUCCGGUUUCGUCCGCCGUGCGCCUGGAGGUCCCUCGGCCUCGUCUUUCUUUUCUGCUGCGCCGGGUUGAAUUAUCCUAGCUGCCGUCCUGGAUCACUCCCCGUCUACCUCGCCGCUGCCCUGUUGCUCCAAAGAUGAAUUUAGGGCAAGAGGGGAGAGCCGGAGUGCCGCUGUCCUUGGAGUCUGCAGCGGCGGCAGCAAGCCACACGGCCGCGACUGUGAGCGUUGGUUGCUGUGCAGACGCCAGGAGAGCAUGACUGAUGAUGCGACCAGGACCUUGGGGAAAGGGAGCGCCCCCCCAGGGCCUGUCCCAGAGGGCCUGAUCCGCCUCUACAGCAUGAGGUUCUGCCCCUACGCGCACAGGACGCGCCUGGUCCUCCAGGCCAAAGGCAUCAGGUACACACCCGUCCAGAAGGAAUUUUGCAAGACGAGCUCCUGCAAAGGACAUCUGGAUUUGGAAGGCAGAGCAACUUUGCUGGAAUGUGGACGGCUGGAUGGAGCCAGCUCAAAGCCAAGACAUGAAGUUAUCAACAUUAACCUGAGAAACAAGCCUGAGUGGUACUUUACAAAGCACCCUUUUGGCCACAUUCCUGUCCUGGAGAACAGCAAAGGUCAACUGAUCUACGAAUCUGUCAUUGCUUGUGAGUACCUGGACGACGCUUAUCCUGGAAGGAAGCUGUAUCCAUAUGACUGUUACGAGCGAGCUCGCCAAAAGAUGUUAUUGGAGCUAUUCUAUAAGGUCCCACAUUUGACCAAGGAGUGUCUGGUAACAUUGAGAUGUGGGAGAGGAUGCGCUGAUCUGAAGCUAGCCCUGCGUCAGGAGUUCUGCAACCUGGAAGAGAAUAUGUCCUUAGGCCGUACUUCCAGGAAUGGAGUUACCAGAUCAAAGGGUAUGACCACUUUAGAGGCUGGAGCUGGAUGUUGCUAAAUUGCUUCCUCCAAGACAUGUGCUGUAUACCCCCCACCCUCAGUGUAUGGAAAAUGCCCUUUGUAUCGUCCCCUUUUCACUAUUGGGAGAUUUCAUUUAAAAAGAUAUUUGCCUGUUUUGAGAAACAGUAGUUUCUCAUUGUUGAUUUAAUGUAUAUUUCUUUGAUUGCUAGUGAGGUGGUAGAUUUUCCCCCAAAGUAUUCCAUCUCUUCGUGUUUUAUUUAUGAAAAUGGUCUACUACCCAUCUGUUUGUCAAGGUCUUACUGAUUUUCCUUGUUGAUUUGUUUUUUUAGAGUUCCUUAUAUAUAAAGGAUAUUGGCUUGUUUUGAAGGCACAUUUUUUGGUUUUGUUUUAACUUUUUGUCUUUGUUUUGUACAUAUAUAAGUAUAACAUUAUUGUUCUAUACGUCUUUCCUGUUGUGAUUUCUUCUGAUGCUUUUAUACAUAGGAAAUCCUCUCCUGCUUCAGAGAUUUGAUAU